AUGCAGUGCCUGGCCAGGCCCCAGUCUAACUAUGGAGUAGGCAUAUCAGUUAAUCCGGAAUUUAGGCAUGGCAUUGAAGGGUGGAAUGUGUUUGGAAACGGAGCAAUGAGAGAAGGGAGGUCAAAGGAAGGAAAUAUGUUCAUUGUAGCAUACAAUAGAUCAAAGCCAUCAGACAGUAUCUCGCAAAAGGUUCAAUUCCAGAAAAGAAAGCUGUAUAGUUUUUCUGCUUGGGUUCAAAUCAGUGAAGGAAUUGAGGCUGUAGAUGUAGUGUUUAAAACUACCCAUGGUGAAUGGAUACACGGUGGCAGUGUUAUAGCUAAGCAUGGAUGCUGGUCUUUGCUAAAAGGUGGCACGGUUGCACAUCUUUCCGGCCCAGUUGAGAUUUUCUUCGAGUGCAACAAUACGAAAGUGGAGAUAUGGAUAGACAAUGUCUCAUUCCAACCGUUCACAAUGCAACAAUGGAGAUUUCAGCAGGACAAAAGCAUCGAGAAGGUGCGCAAAAGCAAGGUUAGGUUCCAGGUAACUUAUGCCAAUGGAACUUCAUUGGGAGGUGCUGCAGUCUCUAUCAAGCAAACCAAGUCAGGCUUCCCAUUUGGAUGUGGUAUGAAUCAUUAUAUCCUCACAAGCAACGCUUACCAGAAGUGGUUUGCUUCAAGAUUCAAGUUCACCACAUUUACCAAUGAAAUGAAGUGGUACAGCACCGAGAAGGUAAAAGGUCAAGAAAAUUAUACAGUUGCAGAUGCCAUGCUAAGCUUUGCCAAAAAGAAUGGCAUUGCUGUAAGAGGCCACAACAUCCUCUGGGAUAAUCCCAAGAUGCAGCCCCAAUGGGUCAAAAACCUUUCUCCCAGUGAACUAAGAAUAGCAGCGACAAAAAGAAUGGAUUCAGUCGUUCGAAGAUACUCAGGGCAACUGAUUGCGUGGGAUGUUAUGAAUGAGAAUCUGCAUUUCAGUUUCUACGAGGACAAGCUUGGUAAAAAUGCUUCUUCAGAAUACUACUUGAGAGCUUACCAACUUGAGCCAAAGACGACAAUGUUCUUAAAUGAAUAUAAUACCAUUGAAUACAGUAAAGAUAUACGGGCAAGUGCAGUCAACUAUGUGAAGAAAAUUAAGGAGAUUCUGUCAUAUCCUGGAAUGAAAGGUAUGUUGACAGGAAUAGGAGUACAAGGCCAUUUUGGUCCUGGACAGCCAAACCUUGUUUACAUGAGAUCUGCAUUGGACAUUCUAGGAUCAACAGGAUUGCCUAUAUGGCUUACAGAAGUGGAUGUCCAAAAAGGCCCUAAUCAGGCACGGUACUUUGAGAGCAUACUAAGGGAAGGUUAUUCUCAUCCUGCUGUUAAAGGGAUUAUCAUUUUUGCCGGUCCAGAAGUAGCUGGUUUCAAUACUACAACCCUGGCAGACAGAGAUUUUAAGAAUACUCCAUCAGGGGAUGUUGUUGAUAAGCUGAUUGCGGAGUGGAAAACUAGGGCUCUGAAAGUCACAGCAGAUAGUAGUGGACUCGCAGAAGUUUCGCUAUUUCAUGGUGAUUAUAAUCUGAGUGUCAAAAACCCAGUGACCAAUUUGUUAACUAGAUUAAGCUUUAAGGUAAAAGAAGACAAAUUGCAAGAAACUAUACAUGUUCAUGUCACUGAUUGA